CUUUGCUGGGCUACGCCACGAUCAUGUCCUUGUUUGAUCUGAGGCGUAUACUCGCUACCACCAAUAAAAGCCAGCCCUCGGCUGCCGGUAACCAAGCACACCCCUCCACAAGAGCCCACCCGACGUCAAUGUUUCAUUCCUCCUCCACCAUCACCACCACCUCCUCCUCUUCUUUCCGUGAUGCUACACUUUUCCCUCCGGCCAGCUGCACCACCGCCACGCAUGCUGUUGAUGGCGCCCCACCCCGUGGCUUCAUCGAUGUCAAUGCCUCCGGCUUCCUUCCCUCCUCUGCUUCUUCUUCGUCCUCCCUCCGUCCUCGGUCUCUCCCCAGGAGCAGCAGCAGCCACUUGCUCCCCGUCUACCACCCUACCACCCAUCCCUUCAAGCCGAUGCCCUUUUCUUUCCCUCUCCAGCACCAACCCCGUCACCAGAAUCCUCCGCCAGAACUCGCCUCGCCGUCGAGCCCGCCCUCCUCCUCCUCCUGCGACUUUCCUCACUUCAAGGCCUGUCCCGUGAGGUGCGUCUUCAGCACCGGCGACCUCCAGAGGUUGACUGGAAUGGUGGUGUCUGGGGAGAAUCAUAAUCAGGAAGGAGGCGAGAUUGCUGCGAAAGCGGCGCGGUACAAACCAGAGGAGAGGAAGGAGCGGAUCGUAAGAUAUCGGAGCAGACGCAAGCAUAGGAAUUUCCACAAGAAGAUCACUGUGCAUACUGUUCCAUUUCAUCCUUCCCUUUCGUCUACGACACUCGACAUUUCUUGUUUACAAUUCGUGAGAAAAACGAUACCUCUAACACUGUUGUUUGGCUUGACAGUACGCGUGCAGGAAGACAUUAGCCGACAGCCGGCCACGGGUGAGGGGCAGGUUCGCGAGAAACGGCGAGACAGACGGGAGGGUGGAGGUGGAAACGGAUGCGGCCGAGAACAGCUGCGAACAGGCGGACGGCGGCAGAGAAGUGGGCGACGGGAGUGAUCGGUCUAGGGCGGCGCCGACAGCCGGCGAAGAGUACGACGACGAGGACAUCUGGGCCGCUAUCUCUGACGUCCUUUCCAUGAAUCUUCUCUCCUAAAAUAAUGAAAAGAAUAAGAUAAUAGAGAGAGAACAAAUGAUAUGGUGGGACCGGCAACUGUACGUAGUUGCAGUAGUAGUAGCAGCAGCAUGCUUACUUUCCUUUUUCUUCUUCCCA